AUGUUGUUUCUAUUUUUCAUACUACAAUAUACUUUAUGUUCUAAUAUAGCAGCAUAUUGGGGUCAAAAUGCUGGUUCUAAUCAACAAUCUUUAGGUCAUUAUUGUUCAACAUCACCAGCUGAAAUUAUAAUAUUAUCAUUUUUAAAUAAUUUUCCACAAUUAGAAUUAAAUUUUGCAAAUCAAUGUUCACAAACUUAUGGUGAUGGAUUACUACAUUGUUCACAAAUUGCUCAAGAUAUAAAAUCAUGUCAAUCACAAGGUAAAAUUAUUUUAUUAUCAUUAGGUGGAGCAACUGGAAAUUAUGGUUUUUCAUCAGAUCAACAAGCUUCUUCAUUUGCAACUACUUUAUGGAAUAAAUUUGGAGGAGGUUCAGAUAAUGAAAGACCAUUUGAUGAUGCAAUAGUUGAUGGAUUUGAUUUUGAUAUUGAAAAUAAACAACAAACAGGUUAUGUUACAUUAGCUAAUCAAUUAAAAAAUUAUUUUUCAAAAUCAUCUAAAAAAUUUUAUUUAUCAGCUGCUCCCCAAUGUCCUUAUCCAGAUGAAUCAGUUGGUGAUUUAAUGUCACAAGUUGAUUUAGAUUUUGCAUUUAUUCAAUUUUAUAAUAAUUAUUGUUCAAUUGAUAAACAAUUUAACUGGGAUACUUGGAAUCAAUAUGCUAAUAAUAAAAAUAUAAAAUUAUAUCUAGGUAUUGCUGGUUCUUCAUCAUCUGCUGGUUCAGGUUAUGUUGAUCUUUCAAGUGUUCAAAAUGCAAUUUCAAGUAUAAGUAAAGAUUCUUCAUUUGGUGGUGUGUCUAUUUGGGAUAUUUCUUCAAUUCCAAAUAAUUUUAUAAAUGGUAUUCAACAAGCUUUACAAGGUGGUGGUAAUGUUGCACCAACUUUAUCAACAAGUUCAAUAAUAGGACCAAUUUCAUCAAUUCCAAUUGUUCAUUCAUCAAUUCCAUCAAAUUCUGUCAUUUAUUCUCCAAUUGCAUCUGCUAUACCAACAACAACAACAACUUCGUCAUCGACUGGUGGAUUCCUCAAUUGGUUAGGUGGACUUUUCAAUACUCCAACUACCACUUCAAAUAAUUAUGCUCCAGCAAUUACUUCAUCAUCAAAUAAUUGGAUUCAAUCAGUUGGAACACCACAAAUCGUAACCCAAGCCCCAUCUAUUCCAACAACUACAGCAGUUGCAUCACCACCACAACCAUCAUCUUCAUCAUCACAAUUCAACUGGUUUGGAUUAUUUGGUGGUGCUACAUCAACAUCUCAAAUUGCUCCAACAACACCAACACCAACACCACAAAUUGCUGCAGUUGAAGUAACCACAUAUAUAACUUUAACAACAACUGUUUCACCUCCAGCAUAUUUCAAAAGAGAUAAUAUAAUCGAUUCUUCAGAAGCUACAUCAUUUCAUCCAGGAUACCUUUUAAUUAUGACUUUUAUAACUUUUAUUUUCAUUUUAUAG